AUGGACAAAUCCUUUGCCAAAUUCAUGUGCCAAAAGAACUUUCAUCCUGUCUCUGAAUGCACUAUCCAAAAGGUAUGGAUGGCAGAACAGAAAUUAUUAUAUGAUAAGAAGAAACAUGAAUUAAUGCAACAGUAUCCUAAAGUACAAGUGUUAUAUGAUAACAUUCUUAUGGAAGGUGAAUGUGUAAAGAAUAGCCUUAAUUUCAUGUGUGAAGUUCCACUAGGACUAAUGGAAGAAAAUAAAGAGAAAGAAGAAACAGAAUAGAAAUUUGAAUAGCAGAAAGGAACUCCAUGUGAAAAAAUAGCCAAAGAUGGCAUGAACACCAGAGAUCAGCCCUUUGGCGUUCAGUUUUGAAAUGUGAGAUGYGUUAAAUAUCACUAAUGGGGUCAUGUCAGCAUAAUUCAAGAAMGUCCUUAAUUUUCUGGAACCAAUGUAUGUUGGGUUCCCACUGAUGGCUCAGGACCCUCAAUGCACCCUCAGGAGCUAAUAGUGGAGAUGAGAAAUAGUGGGUUUUCACUGAAAGGAAAUAUACUGGGGAGAAACUUGGGUGCAAAUGAUCCAUCACAGCAACGGAAGGAUGUCUGUGUUGACUCAGAGUUUGCUGCCAGUGAGGGUGAAGAAAAUUCAGAAGUUAAAGUCUUAAAGUCACUCAAAACCAAAUGAAAACAGAAGCAGCUCAGGAAAUUGGAUAGAAAAGAAAAAAGGUAUUAAAAAAUGUUACAGAAGAGCAGAUACAAACAUAAAAAAAAAUUUUUUACCUCUUCUUCCUCCUCCUCCUCUCUGACUUUCUCCUCCUCUUCCUCUAAUAUGAUUUCAAAAAGCAGUCAUUACAAUUACUAUAAAGAAAAUUUUUAAAAAGUAGGAAAAAUAAGCAUUCCAGAAAUUAAAAUGAAUGUGAAGAGACUAAGGGUAAAAAAAAAAAAAAAACAAACAAACAAACAAAAAAAACUUUAUGAAGAACUUUCUAGAAGUUAUAGUGACAAGGGAGAAAGCAACAACAACAACAAGGAAAAGCCUCAGUUUUAAAAACAAGAAAGUUCUGGAGAGGAUAGCAAGUGGAGCCAUCCUAAUUGUAGGCAAAAAUCUAGAAGGCAUCAUCACAACCCAGAGAAGAGAGGAUCUGAGAGAAAUGURCAAAGUAGCAGAAGUCAUAGCAGAGAUAAGAGAAGUGGGAGAAACCCACUUCCUGGUAGUUAUAAGCAAAGGGAGUAA